AUGAAACACCAACGCCAACAGCGGCAGCGGCAGCCACGGAAAAAAAAGAAAAAAGAAGGAAAAGGAAAAGGGCCUGCGAAAUACAAAAAGAUGGUGCGGUGUCGAGGAAAAUGCCCGCGGGAGUGUCUUGUCCAGCUGCAGGUUGUGACUCCACAAAAAUUAGGAGGAAACGAAGCGGGGGAGGCGGUGCUGUCGUCGUCACUUGAUGUGUCUGCGCUGUGCGAAGCAAUUGGGCAUAAAAUGUCGGUUUUUUGCGGGCUGGCGGUGGAGGCGAGCGCUGCAGGGCUCCAGGUGGAGGCUGUGCGGCACGACACGGAUGGUGUGUAUCAUGUGGUGCUGCGGCUGCCGCAGGCAACACCGCUGGCCGUCACGGCAUUGCGUGCGUCGUGUGCCUCGACGGCACUAGGACCGGUGGUGGGAGGGGCGAGAAGGACCGUGAGGCAAAAAAAACCGCUCCAGGAGGAGACGGCAGUAACGACGCCAGUCGCGGUGCGGGUGGUUCACUUGACGGCCGUCAAGGCGGCGUAG